AUGGCAGGUAACGACUUCAAUCCGGAAAUGGUCAACUUGACCACUGCAGACCCUGCUCAAGUCAUUUGCGCUCUCAAUGCAUCCGGAAAUGAUUAUGACGGACGUCUUGGUGCUCGUAUCUCUGCACUUUUCGUUAUCCUCAUUGUUUCUACAGCUGUGACGUUCUUUCCGGUCGCUGCCAAACGCGUCAAGUGGCUUAGGAUUCCGCUCUAUGUAUAUCUAUUCGCCAGGUACUUUGGCGCCGGCGUUAUCGUUGCUACUGCAUUUAUUCACUUGUUAGACCCAGCGUAUAGCGAAAUUGGACCACAAACCUGUGUCGGUAUGACAGGAGGCUGGGCACAGUACUCCUGGCCCCCAGCCAUCGUCCUUGUUUCUGUUACCGUCAUCUUCCUGCUCGAUCUCGGUGCAGAGCGUUAUGUUGAAGCUAAAUAUGGCGUUCAUCAUCGACAGUGCAAUCUCGAGGACAUCGCGACAGGCAGAGCGCACGCCCAUGAUGACUCUACAGUCGCCAAUGACAGCGAGGCCCUGGACACAAAGUCUACAGAACCGUAUCAGGCAAUGUCUGAAGAGACAAUCGAUCUUGAAAAGUCCGAGUUGGCUCGGGAGAAUGCCUUUCGAACACAAUUUGCCGCUUUUCUGGUGUUGGAGUUUGGAGUCAUCUUUCAUUCGGUCGUUAUUGGACUGAACCUGGGUGUUGUCGGCUCCGAGUUCAACACCCUCUAUCCAGUCCUCGUCUUUCACCAGUCCUUCGAAGGUCUAGGCAUAGGCGCUCGUAUGUCAGCCAUUCCAUUCCCUGUCAAGUACAAGAACUGGCUUCCAUGGCUAUUAUGCACCGCCUAUGGUCUCACCACUCCCAUCGCCAUCGCCAUUGGACUUGGUCUCCGCACUACUUACAAUCCGAACUCGUUCACUGCGAAUGUAGUGAGUGGGAUCUUGGAUUCUAUCAGUGCCGGUAUAUUAAUCUUUACGGGGUUGGUGGAGCUGUUGGCUAGAGAUUUCUUGUUUGAUCCUAACAGGACGAGGGAUAGCAAGAGGUUGGGAUUCAUGGUGGGCUGUUUCUUGCUGGGAGCUGGUAUUAUGGCUCUACUAGGCAAAUGGGCUUGA